AUGAGUGUACUGAGUGUAAAACAAUUAAUAUUAGUGAAAGGCCUCCAAAUCUUUUCAAUAUUUUUCCGGGACAAGCUAAUUGCCAAAAAAAUAGUUGAUAAAAAUAAAGAUUUUUUAAAUGAAUUAAUUCAGACAAAAAAGAAUUUUGAGAUGAUGUUAGAUGAUUUUGUUGCGGAAGGGUUGAAUAUUGGUAUUAAUAAAUUAAUGGACGAGAUUUUGUUUGUAUUCAACUCCAAUCAAUUGCCGGAGGACUUUAAUCCAGACCCUUCUACAGUUAAGAACCGCGAAAUUAAACCUUCAAAAUGUGCCACAAUGAUUGUCGAAUUGCUUUCCAACCAUUUUUUCCUUUUGACUGGCGCAACAGACAAAGGGACGAUAGAUGUUUUUCAGCAGGAGGUGGGCGAGAGGUUUUUUAACGAGGUUGUUAAGAAUAUCAAAAAAAAUAUAAUAUCUACCGAUGGGGCAAUAUUUUUGAUUUGUGAUUUAAACUAUUAUUAUGAUUUUAUCGCGAACAAGUUGAAACAGAAACAGAUUAUUCCUUUGUUUGCCGGUUUGAAAACUGUAGGUCAAAUAUUUUUGGUAUCUAAUAAAGAUUCUAAAGAACUAGGAAAAAUGAUAUGUGAUGUUGGGAAGUUUCAAGGAAUAUUUACACAGGAAGAGAUAUAUGAAUUCGUUCAAAGAAGAGCUGAUUGGUCACGUGUAAGAAAGGAUGUUGAAAGGGUAAUGUAUGGAUUAGCAGUUAGUGAUUGUAUAAUUAUGUAG